AUGGGUAACAUAAUCUAUCUAUCUAUCUAUCUAUCUAUCUGUGCCAGCCUCUUUUUGUCUGUCUAUUUAUGUCAGUCUCUUUCUAUCUGUCAAUCUUUAUCAGUCUCUGUGUAUCUAUCUAUCUAUCUAUCUAUAUUAUCUUCUUCUUUGUCCGUCCUGCAACUCUUCUCGCCAAGGUCCGAACUCUUCUCUCUGCCGUCUGAGGUGAACUCUUCUCUCUGCCUUCCGGGGCUGAACUGUUCUGCUUGUUUGGCCUGCAAGUUUACUGCUUGUCUGGCCUGCAACUCUUCUGCCUGUCUGGCCUGCAAUUCUUCUGCUUGUCUGGCCUGCAGCUCUUCUGCUUGUCUGGCCUGCAAUUCUCCUGCUUGUCUGGCCUGCAGCUCUUCUGCCUAUCUGGCCUGCAAUUCUUCGGCCUGUCUGGCCUGCAGCUCUUCUGCCUAUCUGGCCUGCAAUUCUUCGGCCUGUCUGGCCUGCAGCUCUUCUGCUUAUCUGGCCUGCAAUUCUUCGGCUUCACUUAUGAUGUGUCCCCCGAGUCAAACGAAACACGUCAAUAGACCUUUAUCUAAUUAUUUCUCUCUCUCUCUCUCUUUCUCUCUCUCUCUCUCUAUCAAUGUUGUAGCAUAA